AUGCUCCGAGAGUUAAGCUACCUCGCAUUUUGCAGCAUUGCCGUAGUCUAUGCUGCCGAUACAGACCAAACUUGCGCUGCCGGUGAUGAAAGUUGUGCUUCGCUGCCAGAAUGCAAAGAUGAACACGAAUCUUGCUCCUUUUGGGCUGGUGCAGGCGAGUGUGAUGCGAACGCGAACUACAUGCUGGAAUAUUGUAAGCUUUCGUGUGGAAAAUGCCCUGGCGUUCCUAUGGUACAAACCGCACCAAAGCCAGCACCCAAGCCCUCGUCAACAUGUUUUGAUAACAACGAGGAAUGUGAAAAGUGGGCGGAUGGCCUUGAGUGCGAUUUGAAUCCAGCGUACAUGCUCCAAAACUGCAGGUUAAGCUGCAACGUGUGUACCGAUCCAGACAUGGUCAUCGACCUUGGUGUACCACAAAAGGAGGUCUCUGACGAAGUUCCAGAUGUGACGGAAGAACAAGUCGCCAGCCACAUUCUCAAAUCAGAAGAGUAUUUGCGAACGAGCAAAAUGCGGUUGAGUCUCAGGCGGGGUUGUAAAAAUAAGCACGAGCUCUGUACCUUGUGGGCCCUGUCAGGGAGAUGCCACACGCAUUCCGAAUACAUGUCAAUCAAGUGUGCUCCUGCUUGCGAAUCGUGUGAAAAGCUGACUGUGGAGGGAAGAUGUCCUAUUGAUCCUGAAGCCCCUGUUGCAUGGGACAAGGGGGAUUUGAACAAAAUGUUUGAAAAGUUGACAUCAGAGCCAUAUCUUUCAGAGUAUAAUGUUGAGAUCUUAUCUUCCCCGGCCACUAAUGGCCCUUGGGUCAUCACGAUGGAGAAUGUUGUAGGCGCUGACGAAGCGGAAAGGUUAAUUGAACUGGGCAGUGAAGAAGGAUACGAUCGCUCGACUGAUGUUGGCAAAAUGAAUGUUGAUGGCACAACCGAAAAGAGUGUUUCGACAGGCCGAACCUCAACAAAUGCAUGGUGCCAAAACAGUUGCUAUCACGACCCCAUGGCUCAAGCUGUAAUACAGCGAAUGGCCAACAUCACUGGAAUCGUAGAAGAAAACGCUGAGUAUCUUCAAUUGCUCAAGUAUUUGCCAGGACAAUUCUAUGAGUCGCAUCACGACUAUAUCCCCUUUCAUAUCCAACGGCAACAAGGCGUUCGCAUUUUGACCAUGUACCUCUAUCUGAACGAUGUUGAGUCGGGCGGAGGUACGAACUUUGACAAACUCAACAUCACAGUGAUGCCAAAGCGUGGGAGAGCGUUGUUGUGGCCAUCGGUGUUCGAUGAAGAACCAAACAAGAAAGACGAAAGAACAUCGCACCAAGCUCUACCGGUGGGAGAUGAUGCAAUCAAGUAUGGUGCAAAUGCAUGGUUUCAUAUGCGUGAUUUCAAGACAGCCCUUGCAAAUAGAUGCACUUGA